AAACGAUUAAUAUGAUUGAGUACAUAUAUAUGUUAAGAUAAGAAUCGAUUCUUUUCCUCCAUGAAUGCACGAUUUAUAUGGUCAAAUUUUUCAGUCUAAUAAUCGAUACUUUUACUAAUCGAUUUAGGACUGACUUGUUACAGGUAAUAGGGUUUAACAAAAAUGUACCACUGGUACUAUGCUGUAGUAGUAUAUGCGGGUGAACCGUGGUGAGGUCGUAGCUUUUCUGGGAAAAAAUGGGUUUUUUGCACUAUUUUCCAAAUUCAUGCCUCGUGGUCUGUAGUUUAUGCACGUUAAUCAAUGCCGACGACUUUCUUGGCUGUGGAGGUUUUGUGAAAUCGGACGUGGAGAUAAAUUUCUCGCGUGUUGAGGUUAAGCUUUACACAAGAACUGGUGCUCUGAAGUACCAGACGGACUGCGCCCCUAACAAUGGCUACUUCAUGAUCCCAAUCUAUGACAAAGGGGACUUCACUCUGAAGGUAGAACCACCCCAGGGGUGGAGCUUUGAGCCAACCAGCGUUGAUCUACACAUUGAUGGUGAGACGGACAAGUGUAGCCGAAGCGAAGACAUCAACUUCCAGUUCACCGGCUUCGUGCUUAAUGGACAGGUGCUGAGCAAGGGCCAAUCAGAAGGCCCGGCUGGUGUGUCAGUGUCUUUGACCAAGCAAGGAGAGAAGGAACCCUUAGUCCAGUCCGCGACCAAGACAGGUGGAGGGUACAUCUUCAAGCAAGUUCUACCAGGAGAAUACACAUUAGGAGCCAGUCAUCCAAAAUGGACAUUUGUUAAGGACACUUUGCCAAUCACUGUUGCCAAGGACAGCAGUUCUCCAGCUCCAACCAUUACCAUCUCAGGCUAUGACGUCACAGGUCAUGUGAUGAGUGAGGGAGAACCAAUCAAGGAUGUCCAUUUCCUGCUGUUUUCGGAUACUGUUUCCAAGGAAGAAAUUUCCCAGUGCGACACUACUCCAGUUAAGGGCUUCACUGGCACCCAGGCCAAGACACCGUUGUGCAGUGUGACAUCAACUGACGAAGGGAAAAUCACAUUCCCCAGUCUACCAAGUGGUCAAUAUACAAUGGUUCCAUUCUACCAGGGUGAGCACAUUACCUUUGACGUCAUGCCAACAUCCAUGGAUUUCAGUGUAGCACAUGACAGUGUCACCUUACCGACGACAUUCAGAGUGGAAGGUUUUUCCGUCUCAGGACGAAUCCUGGACUCCAAACGGGGAAAUGGGAUACCGGGAGUGAAGGUCAAGGUUCAAGACAGGUCAGAAGUCAUCAGCAAGGCAGACGGAACGUACCAACUCAUCAAAAUAACGUCGGGGACGUAUGUGGUGACCGCCAGCAAGGACAACAUCUUCUUUGAACCGGAAACAAUGAAAAUCAAUCCCAACACCCCCAGACUUCCUGAUAUCAUAGCUUCAAGAUUCAGCCUCUGUGGACGCAUUGUCAUCGAUAAGUUGCCAGCCAUGCUGCCCUCUAGUGGUAAGAGAAGGGUCAGUCUCAUACCAGAGGGAGGCGCGGCCAAAGAUACUGUUUCUGUGGCAACUGACAAUGCUGGUGCCUUCUGCUUCACGGUGAAACCAGGAAGUUUUAGUGUGCAGCCAACACUCAACACUGAGGAAGUGGCAGCUGGCUUAAAGCUUAUCCCCUCACAGCAGAAAGUUCAAGUGCAAAAUGCACCUGUUCUUGGCAUCAACUUCUCCCAGUUCAAAGCUGUUAUCCGUGGUGUCAUCAAGUGCAUUGAUGUUUGUGGGACGUUACAGAUUACUCUUCAUUCUGAGGGUGGGGUUGAGGAACGAUCCCCUGCCCAGAUCUCCCAGUCAAGCAAGACUGCUCCCUUCCUUCUCAGGGAUGUCCUGCCUGGAAAAUACAAAGUUACUGUGAUCCAGAACCACUGGUGUUGGCAGACACCCUCCCUGGACAUCCAAGUGACAGAUGGGGAUGUGACCUCGCUGGAAUUUGUCCAGACGGGGUACCAGUUACAGUGUCACGUGUCACACCCUAUCGCCAUGUUGUACCACAACACCAAGUCACCGAAGCAGUCCAAGCAGAUUGAUCUCAACAAGGGCCUGAACGAGUUCUGUCUGGAGAAAUCUGGAUCUUACCGGUUAACACCGCUGUCUUGCCACCGCUUCGAGCAUGAAACCUACAGCUUUGACACUUCUUCUCCAGCCAUGCUGGCCUUGACUGCCACCAAGCACUUGAUGACAGGUGCCAUUGUUGCUAAGCAACCAUCCUCCGAUGUCACGGUCUCCAUCAGGUCCUCGAUUGAAGCGGAACCAUUGGUCCAGUUGGGCCCGCUGAAGUCUCAGAAGGAACUGGAGGAGGAGGCUAAGAAGACAGUCAAGCCAGCAAAGAAGGGAAAUGCAACAGCGACUGAUGAAGAGACUAAGGUGGCAGAGGACACCGGACCAUAUGUGUAUGAAUUUACCUACUGGGCGAGAAAUGGAGAGAAGCUAAUUAUAACUCCUUCAUCCCAAGUCAUCCUGUUCUACCCAGCCAAGGCACAAGUUACUAUACAGACUGGUGACGACUGCCUAGGAAAGGUGGUGGAUUUUGAAGGGCGUGCUGGUGUCUUCCUUUCCGGUCAAGUCCAGCCAGGUCUGGCAGGGGUCAAGAUAUCGGUGACCUCAAGGUCACUGGAAGACAAGGAGGUGCGGCCAGCCAUCAAUGUGGAGACGGGCAAGGACGGACGCUACAGGAUUGGUCCGUUACCAGACACGGCAGAGUAUAAUGUCCAAGCAGCACUGGAGGGAUACGUACUAACCAAAGUCGAGGGGACGGUUGGUGAUUUCAAGGCAUCCAAACUUGGUGAAAUUACCAUUGAGGUUGUAGAUGAGGGAGGUCUCCCCCUCCAGGGGGUGCUACUCUCACUCAGCGGCGGGACUUUCCGCAGCAAUAAUUUAACGCAGGCCAGUGGUAGCCUGGUCUUCACGGGUCUGGGACCAGACCAGUACUUUUUGCGCGCCCUGAUGAAGGAGUACAAGUUUGAACCAGGGUCACAGAUGAUUAAUGUUGAGGAGGGCUCAACCUUCAGGCUUAAAAUCAAGGGUUCCAGGGUGGCCUUCAGUUGCUACGGCAUGAUAGCAUCUCUGAACGGUGAACCAGAGCCAGACAUUGCUUUGGAGGCUCAGGGCGUUGGAGAUUGCGGACAGGUAGUAGAGGAAGGCAUCUCAGACCAGGAGGGAAAGUUCAGAAUACGGGGACUUCAGCCGGAGUGUUCCUACGAGUUGCAAUUGAAGUCUGGCGACGUCAACAGCCACAUUGAGAGAGCUGCACCUAAGACGCAGAUUAUAAAGGUGCAAGGGAAGGAUAUCGAUAAUCUUCAUAUUAUCGUCUUUCGUCGCCUUAAUCAGUUUGAUAUCGGCGGAAACAUUAUAACACCCAGUGAACAUUUAGCGACGCUAAAAGUGCUUUUAUACAGUGAAGACAAUCUAGUCUCCCCGGUACACACGUUAUCUCUAGGCAGUAGUAGUUUCUUUCAAUUCCCCUCGUUACCAAACGAUGGAGCGAGGUAUGUCAUGCGCCUGGAAUCUUCAUUAUCCAAAUCAAGUUGGGACUAUACUCUACCAGAGGCCAGCUUCAGCACAGACGGAUACUUCAAGCAUAUCACCUUACAGUUCAAUCCAGAGAGACGUGCCGUUGAUCAGGAAGUCUCCAGUGGAUCCCACCUUGCAUUACCUCUCAUAGCAGCGUUGAUAGCUAUUGGGCUGAACCAUGCAAAGAUUCUGCCUAUACUCCAACAACUGGGCCUGGCCUUGAAGGGCUUUCGUUCCCCUGGUGGCUCUGAGGUACGCGACAUGGGCGGGGCUGGCGACCAAGACACCAGGCCCAAAAAGAAACCCAGGACACGCAAGACAUAAUAGCAGGGAACCGGUUUGAAGAACGCACCAAUCACAGCACAUGGGCAGCGGCGAGGGCUGGAAAUGUGGGGGCUGAAAUUUUGUUUACAGCAAAGAGAAACAUUCAGAGGCAUUACACGUAGUUCGUCUCUUCGUUUUUAGUACAGGUAAAUCUUGAAACAAGGGGGUAUUGUAUUGAGGGACAUCGGGCAAAUUAUUUAAUUCGCCACCUUACAUGUAAAUUUGUAAAGUGAGUGGUGAUCGUAUCAAAGGAUAAGUUAUUUGACAGAUCCAGUGGAAUUAGUGGAAAGAUCCAAUGAAUAUAACAAAUUAACAUUUGUCAUUUUUAUGUCUUUGAAUGUUUUAAUGAAACAUGUUUGAGAUGUGGAAUGUUUGGACGGCUGUGUGUGUAUUUGUGUGUACAUUUUCUUUGGUGAUUAGGGAUGAGAAUCAGUUUUAUUUGUAUCAGUCGUGAUAUUUGCCUUCGUUACUUUGUACUUUUUUAAGGGGAAAAAUGGACUCUAGUUGGGUGAGGACAUUAAUGUGCUUUGCCUUUGGGUCAAGCCAAGGGGAGCAGAUGGAACUAACAUCUGCUUCAAACUUGUCAGCGUGAAUUCAAGUGUGCCCUCUCCAAUCACCGAUACCCUUUGCUCCUGACGAAUAGAAAGGCCGAGGAUGACAAAUACAUGUACGUGUAGUGUUGAAGUCAAGACUAUGACAAGACCAUGCGCAAGUCACAAAGGAAUACUUUUGUUACUGUUCAUUUGAUUACUUUGGUCUGAAAGUCCCUGGAUUGUGGGUCUCAUGAUGGCUUUGUCUUCACACAGCACCUCAAGUCUAGAGUACAAGAACUCAGACAUGUUCCUGCCAUUGUUUGCCAUAUGAGAAAACUACUUUUAGACACCAAACUCACACGGAGAACAUUAAAUGUGUAUCUCCCAGGACAGCAAAAACAUUGAUCAAAAGUUUGCUUGUUGGAUCACGCGAACAUAAAAUAAUUACCAAUAUGCAAUUUUUGUAUGUAUUUCUGAUACUGGGAAUAAACAUAGCCAGACAGUGCAGGAUCAGG